CGUCGGUGUGGGUUCCCAUCGGUGGGAGCACAUCCACCUAAGGAGUUCCAAAAUCGGAGUGGGGCCCAAAAUGGUGGGCCCCAAUCCGAUUUCAAUUAAAAUAAGCUCAGCAGCUUCCCCUGAUGCUACCAUUGCUUUUUUUUUCAUCUCUAAAAAGUGGCCCGUAAGGUAGCAAAAAGUGGGUAAGUGUGUGAAGGUGUGUAUGGUCGAGCCUUUUUUUAACCGGAAGUCAGGAUAUACACUUCCCGCGAAUUCAAAUACACACCGCGGGAAUCUGAAACCUUUGGCCAAUGAAAUUACUGCACUGUAUAAUUAGGCGCGAAAGUAAGGAAAACUGCGGAAAUUGCACAAGAAGAAGAAGUAGAAGAAGAAGAUGACUUCAAGGAUUGAAGAUUGAAGACAGAAGAAGACGGAGUGGUUGAAAAUCUGAAUAUUUUUACAAAUACCGACCUCUGAUGCAACAGGGCCAUUAUGUCCACAAGGAGGAUGAGGAAAAAGCCUAUAGAUGAUGCAAAGACAUACAUUCUGUCUUGCACUGACAAGGAUGGGUUUAUGCCGAGAUUCAUUGACCAUUACAAAGGAAGAGGAGUGUUUGCCACACACCCCAUUGAACCCGGGGACUUCGUGUUGGAGUACAGGGGUAAACUCCUCACACAGGUGGAAUGCAAGUCAAGAAAAUACUCAGAGAUUGAAAGCACAUUUCUCUUUGACUUUCAGUGGCAGAAUCAUCACUUAUGCCUGGAUGCAUCUGAAGAAGAUGGAUCUCUCGGAAGAUUGGUCAAUGACAACCACAAAAAUCCAAAUUGCGUUAUGAAAAAAAUCAUAGUUGACGACAAACCACAUUUGUGCCUUUUUUCUCUGAAGAAAAUAGAAAUAGGAGAUGAAAUUGAUUACAACUAUGGCGAUUCAAAAUGGCCUUGGCGCAGUAAGUUGAAAAAAAACCAAGCUCCAGCCGCAGCAUUAGAGAAUGAGACUAGCCCUGUUCCUCAGAUGCUAAAUGAUGGACCAAACCCAGAUCAGACCUGCACACAGGUGAAAGGCCUUCAGACUCCAGCCGCAGCAUUAGAGAAUGAGACUAGCCCUGUUCCUCAGAUGCUAAAUGAUGGACCAAACCCAGAUCAGACCUGCACACAGGUGAAAGGCCUUCAGACUCCAGCCGCAGCAUUAGAGAAUGAGACUAGCCCUGUUCCUCAGAUGCUAAAUGAUGGACCAAACCCAGAUCAGACCUGCACACAGGUGAAAGGCCUUCAGACUCCAGCCGCAGCAUUAGAGAAUGAGACUAGCCCUGUUCCUCAGAUGCUAAAUGAUGGACCAAACCCAGAUCAGACCUGCACACAGGUGAAAGGCCUUCAGACUCCAGCCGCAGCAUUAGAGAAUGAGACUAGCCCUGUUCCUCAGAUGCUAAAUGAUGGACCAAACCCAGAUCAGACCUGCACACAGGUAUUUACUGUCCAAGGAUUUUCACUGGUUGAUUAUCCAUAUAGUGAUGAAACUGAUGAGGAUGGUAUGGAAAACGAACCUCCCACCCCACACCUGGAUGUCAUUUUAGGGCAGAAUGAUAUUGGCCCAGAUGUUUCAAAUCAUUUGUACGAUUCAGAUGAAACUGUUGUGAAAGAAACUUGUGAUGAGGCUUCUCCAAGCAACCAUUCCAACAAUCAAUCGGAUGAUGAACUUGUUCCACCACUGAGACGCACAAAAAGCAUUAUGAUGGAUAGAGUACAAGAUUUUACCCACAGUCUCUAUGAUAGUGACAGCCCAGAGGAGACUACUUUUUUUAAGCCUGAAAGGGAUUCACAGAAGCUGAGAAGAAGGUCUUGCCGUCCCAUUCAGAUGAAUCUCAUGGAAUCGGAUGACUCAAACUUAGGUAGCGAAGAGGAGUAUAUUCCAAAUCCCAUAGAUGAAAGCACAGAAAGUGAUAGCAGUAUGGAAUUAACCCUGGGAAAGGAAAAAAAGAACAAAGGUGCAUCAUCCAGUCAGAGCAAGUUUAAGCCCAGAGAGAGAAGUAGAUCUUCCAGAGAGAGUGGAAGCGAGUCCUCCAGACAGAGCAAGUCUAAGCCCAGGGAAAGUGGAAGUAGAUCCUCCCGAGAGAGUAGAAGCGAGUCCUCCAGACAGAGCAAGUCUAAGCCCAGGGAAAGUGGAAGUAGAUCCUCCCGAGAGAGUGGAAGCGAGUCCUCCAGACAGAGCAAGUCUAAGCCCAGGGAAAGUGGAAGUAGAUCCUCCAGAGAGAGUGGAAGCGAGUCCUCCAGACAGAGCAAGUCUAAGCCCAGGGAAAGUGGAAGUAGAUCCUCCCGAGAGAGUGGAAGCGAGUCCUCCAGACAGAGCAAGUCUAAGCCCAGGGAAAGUGGAAGUAGAUCCUCCAGAGAGAGUGGAAGCAAGUCCUCCAGACAGAGCAAGUCUAAGCCCAGGGAAAGUGGAAGUAGAUCCUCUAGUCAUAGCCAAUUUGACUUUAGCCAGAGAAGACUUUUGGAAAGAUGUCAUGAUCCCACACAAAGAUUUCCAAAUAGCAGAGUUGAUGGGAAUGAAAAGGAAAUCGCAACAUAUUCUGAAAACAACGUUUCAGUGCCCCUGGAAGAAGAGCAGUAUAUCAUUGUCAGUCCAACUUUAAAGAAAGAUGAUGGAUCCAGAAGCUAUAACAAGAAACAUUUCUGCUUUUAUUGCAGGAAGUUUGUCCAGAAAAUGUCAAGACACUUGUGGCGUAAACACCAAGAUGAAUUGGAUGUUGCGAAAGCAUUCAGUUUUCCCAAAAACUCAAAGGAAAGAAAACUACAAUUGGACUACAUACGAAAUAAGGGAAAUUUCGAGCACAACAGUCAUGUUUUGGAAACACAAAAAGGAAAACUAAUCCCAUGUAAACAACCAGGAAAAAAAUCAGAGGGACAUAAAUUUGCACAUUGCAUUCACUGCUAUGGGCUGUUCUCAAGAAGAGCGAUGUGGCGGCAUUUCAAGGUCUGCAGCUUCAAACCCGAAAGUACUAAACCAGGUAAAAAUAGAGUUCAGGCAUUGUGUGCUUUCGCUGAACCUUCUCCAUCGGAAUAUACAGACGCGUAUUGGAAGUUCUUGAGUGUAAUGAUUCAGGACAAGAUUGCAGUUGCAAUUAAAGGAGACAACUGCAUCCUCAAUUAUGGUUUCAGGUUGUUCAAAAAGAAUGAGAAGAUAGUCAGUCAACACCAGUAUAUACGCCAAAAACUGAGAGAACUUGGCAGGCUUUUAUUGGAAGCUAAAAAAAUCACACAUGUGAAGACCAUUCAAGAACUCAUCAAACCUGAACAGUACUCCCAGGUUGUCAGAGCUGCAAAGAACCUAUCUGGAUUCAGUGAGGAAACUGGCAUAUACCAAUGUCCCUCUCUUGCACGCAAGGUAGGGCACAGCCUGCAUUCGUUGGCUAUGUUUAUCAAGUCUGAAGGACUGAAAAAGAAAGAUAAAGAAACCAUUAAAGAUGCUGAGGAGUUUGCACAGUUGUAUUUAGAGAGUUGGAGGUUUGAUAUUGCAGGCCAGGCAUUAACCCAGCUUAACCGGGCCAAAUGGAAUGCACCGCAACUUUUACCUCUUACACAAGAUAUCCAAAGGCUACAUUGCUAUCUAGAAGAAAAACUGCAGCAACAUCUCAAAGAUUUAAAAGAACAUCGUUCAUCCACAAAUUGGAAGGAACUUGCAAAAGUAACGCUGACUCAAGUUAUGCUUUUUAAUCGGCGGAGAGCAGGUGAAGUGUCCCGAAUGCGCCUGUCUGCAUACUUAUCGAAGGACACAUCAGAGGAACAGGGAGAUGUAAAUUUGGCCCUCACAGCGCUUGAGCAGAAGCUCUGCAGGCAUUUUGUGCGAAUAGCAAUUGUUGGAAAAAGAGGAAGGAAGGUUCCUGUUCUUCUAACCCCAUCAAUGAGAGAAUCACUUGAUGCUCUUACUGAGAGCAGAGAAGAAUGUGGGGUGCUGAAGGACAAUGAAUAUCUGUUUGCAUUGCCACAAUCUGACCAUUACCUCAGGGCUUGUGACUGCUUGAGGCAAUUUGUCAGUGAAUGUGCAGACAUAAAAAAUCCUCAAGCGCUAACAUCAAUUCAACUGAGGAAACAUAUUGCUACCCUGUCUACUGUUCUGAACCUUAAAACCACCGAGCUCGACCAGUUGGCAGACUUCCUUGGUCAUAAUAUCGCUGUUCACAGGAAACACUACAGGCUCCCAGAAAGCACCCUACAAUUAGCCAAAGUAAGUAAAGUCCUUCUGGCAAUGGAACAAGGACGCCUAGGAGAUUACAAAGGAAAGAGCCUCGAUGAAAUACAAGUCGAUGUAAAUGAGACCAUUGACAUGGAGGGACCUUUAGCAGAGGACAUUGAAGAUGUCAGUAUGCUAGGAGAAGAUGGGUCAGAUGAUGAGGUCAGCAUGUCAUCCACGCAAGAAUGUACCUCCACAUCACAAAGUCAAAACCAGGGAGUGUCUGCCACCGAUGUCAGUAUGCCAAGAGAAGAGGGGUCAGAAGAUGAGGUCAGCAUGUCAUCCCUGCAAGAAUGUUCCUCCACAUCACAAGUCCAAAACCGAAGUGUGUCUGCAAAAAAGAGAGGAAAACAAACGGCCGUCAAAAGAAGCUGGACCCCAGACGAGUGUGCUGCAGUGGACACACAUUUGAGGAGAUUUAUUGUAAUGAAUCAAGUUCCUGGUAAAGAAGAGUGUCAGCGCUGUAUUACUGCAGAACCUCAAGCUCUCAGAAACAGGGACUGGAAAGCAGUUAAAUAUUAUGUUAAAAAUCGCAUUACAGCCCUGAGAAGAAAAGUCUAGUGUACCUAAUGGAACUGAGGUAAAACCAAAACAUUAGAGGUAGGAUCUUAAAAUGUUUUGUAUUUGGUUGUGUUCUGUUGUAACGUUGUUGUUGUUGUUGUUGUUGUUGUAGGGGUUUGCUCAGGUUUUAUGGCUGUCCAGUGGCCUACAAAUAUACAGUUAUACAAUAUACAGUUCUUAUUUAAUUUAAUUUUUUAUUUGAUGGAUGUAGGAUGGAUGUUGGAUGGAUAUUGAAUAGAUGUUUGAUGGAUGGAUGGAUGUUGGAUGGAAGUUCGAGAGCUGGGUGGAUGUAGGAUAGAUGAUGGAUGAAUGUUGGAUGGAUGUAGGGUAGAUGAUGGCUGGAUGGAUGUUGGAUGAAUGUAGGGUAGAUGUUGGAUGGAUGGAUGUUGGAUGGAUGUAGGGUAGAUGAUGGAUGGAUGGAUGUUGGAUGGAUGUAGGGUAGAUGUUUGAUGGAUGGAUGUUGGAUGGAUGUAGGGUAGAUGAUGGAUGGAUGGAUGUUGGAUGGAUGGAUGUAGGGUAGAUGAUGGCUGGAUGGAUGUAGGGUAGAUGUUGGAUGGAUGGAUGUAGGGUAGAUGAUGGCUUGAUGGAUGGAUGUUGGAUAUAUGGAUGGAUCUUGAAUAGAUGUUGGACAUAUGGAUGGAUGGAUGGAUGGAUGGAUGUUGGAUGGAUGUUCGAGAGCUGGGUGGAUGUAGGAUAGAUGAUGGAUGUUGGAUGGAUGAAUGUCGGAUGAAUGUAGGGUAGAUGAUGGAUGGAUGGAUGUAGGGUAGAUGUUGGAUGGAUGGAUGGAUGUAGGGUAGAUGUUGGAUGGAUGGAUGGAUGUUGGAUGGAUGUAGGGUAGAUGAUGGCUGGAUGGAUGUUGGAUGGAUGUAAGGUAGAUGUUGGAUGGAUGGAUGUUGGAUGGAUGUAGGAUGGAUGUAGGGUAGAUGAUGGCUGGAUGGAUGUUGGAUGGAUGUAAGGUAGAUGUUGGAUGGAUGGAUGCUGGAUGGAUGUUGGAUGGAUGUAGGAUGGAUGUAGGAUGGAUGUAGGGUAGAUGAUGGCUGGAUGGAUGUUGGAUAGAUGUAGGGUAGAUGUUGGAUGGAUGGAUGUUGAACAGAUGUUGGAUAUAUGGAUGGAUGUUGGAUGUGUGGAUGUUGGAUGGAUAUUGAUAUAUUCUUAUUUAUUUUAAUGCAUUUAUUUAUUUUAGGGCCUAAACACUGAAAGUGUGUGGGGCAUAUGUUAAAUAUUUCAAAGGAUUUUUCAUUUCUUUAAAUAUCUCUGUAUCAUUAUUUCAAAAUUUGAGGCUUCACUGGAAAGAACAACUUGUGUUAACAUGACAUUAUGGAUGCAGUCCAAUAUAACAUAUAAUUUCAAUGCCUAUAUAAGAGAAACUGUUGGGUUUACAUAAAAGUUCAGGCUGAUGUUGUUCAAACAUUGAGUGCAGAUUGUACAAACCUAGACAUUAAAUUAAUAAUUUGUUUUAAUCAUUUCAUAAAAAGUUUAUUGACUGACAACUGUGUGGCAUAAACUUUGUCAUUACAAUAAAAUUGGUCAUUUCAGUUUUGUUAUAAAACUGUCUUUGAAGCCGUAUGUCUUGUAAUCUGU